AUGGCAUACAAGAUGUACCUUGCAUGGGGUUGGCAGAAACAUGAAAGAGACAGUAGCAGGUCUACGACAAAUAUCAUGUGCAUUAAUAAUGAAAAUAAACUGCCUACAAAGUUUCCAGUUUUAAAAUCGAAAGGAAGAGUAUUAGCUAAUGCAAUUAAUAAAGAUUUAAACAAAACAGGUAUCAUCGGUAAAGCUGCAUUCGAGAGACAAAGGGAAAAUGCAUCUAAACUAGCAUCUGGUCGUUCUGUUGUGGACGUUUCGAAUAAAGAAAAUGACGUUCUUAGAAAUAAAUCGAUUAAACCUCAAGUACAAUCAAAAAUAAUACCAAAUGGAAAAACGAGUAAGCUAAAACCUGUUUUAGAGGAAAAAAAAAAUAGAAUCGUCAAAGCUGAAAGUGUGAUUUCGUUGUAUGGAAAAGAUGAGGUUAAAAAAGUAGAAAAAAAAUUAGAAGUUGAACAGAUAAAAGUACAAAAAGAAAAAACGGAAAAUCCCGUGGAAAUUUCCAAAAUAAAAUUGGAAAAGCCGUUGGCAGUGAAAGAACCCAAGGGAGAAGUGGUGGUACAAAUUGUUCAACCGGUUAACAAACUUAGCGAUAAGUUAGAAGAUUAUGAUAAUAAUGAAUUUUUAUUAGACAUUUAUGCCGAAGACAUACAUAAAUUUUUAAAAUCUCUGGAAAGUAAACAUUUUAUAAGGGAACGGUAUUUGACGUCUUCGCACAUCAUGACGCACACAAUGAGAUCACUUCUUGUCGACUGGUUAUUCGAAGUCCAACAAACAUUUAAAUUGUUAAACGAAACAAUUCACCUUUCCAUUUCGCUUUUGGAUUUGUUCAUGCAAGAUCAUCCGAGCAUACCCAAAGAUAAACUUCAAUUGGUUGGAGUUAGUUGUAUUUUUCUCGCGUCUAAAUACGAAGAAAUGUAUCCACCCGAUGUACUUGAUUUCGUUGACAUUUCCGCUAGCACGUAUACGAAACAGGAAAUUUUCCACAUGGAACAAGUUAUAUUUUCUUCAUUGAAUUUUCAAAUGGGUCGCCCUUCUCCGGCUCAAUUUCUCAGGAGAUACAGUAGAGUUGGAAACGUCGACAUAAUAACAUAUUCUUUAGCUAAAUAUUUCAUCGAUUUGUCACUUGUCAGUUAUAAUUUGUGUCACGUUUCACCCUCGCUAAUUGCUGCCAGUGCCUUGUAUUUGUCGCUGCGGUUGAGAACGGAAGACUCGGAAACGGAAUUGUGGACUAAAACAUUGAGGCAUUGUUCCGAAUACACGGUAGAAACAUUAAAUCCCAUCGUUAGAUUAUUAGCGAUCGAAGUUUGGAACGUACCUCGAUCGAAAUAUCAGAACGUUAGAAAUAAAUAUUUAGAGCCUAAAAAAGCUCACUGCGUGAGUACUCUAAAGGAACUUAAAUCUGAAAAAUUGUAUAAGCUCACUCAAUCCGUGUAA